AUGGGGACGCCGGCGUUGCCGGAAACAGCGCGUCUCGUAGAGAAUCAAGUACAACCGACCACACCAAACAAUGAGAACCCCACCAUCAAAGAAAAAAACAACUGUGCUAAAGCUAUUCAAUCUAUUCCACCUCUGCUCACUGAAAAAAAACGCCAUGGAAAUCCCGAUGUCAAAGCUUGGUAUACCAAUCAUGAUGAGAAGAAGGCGAUUUUGUUCAAGACAAGAGAUUUCCAUGGAGUUAUGGUGGAAGAAUGCAGACUCACUUUUGUGGGCAAAUUCAUUAAGACUCGACCUCAACCUCAAAUUGAAGGAUCAGAACAAAAUUCUCAGAGAAAAUCACGGUUAGAGUGCAGAAGGGUGGAUCAGAAGAAAGGGGAAGAUAAAAAGGCUAAUAUGAACAAAGAUAAGCCUGCGGAUCAAUCAGGAUCAAGUGGAAUGGAGAAUAGGGAAGAUGAUAGUGAAGAGGAGAAACAUAGAAAAGAAAAGCCCUGCCAAAGAAUAUGGCAAGGAAAAAAAGAAAGACUUAUGAGGAAGGCACUGAGAAGAUUGAAGAAAAUGAGGGAUUGGAGAAGGAACAAAUUGAUACACAAAAUUCAAAGGAGAAAAAAAAUGGAUGGGGAAGUUCAAGAGACCAUCAUACAUGACAACCAAAGAAGCCAAAAUCAGGAUGAACAUACUGCUAAGGAAAAACAAAAUGAACAGGACAUGACUAACCAGGAGUAUAAUAGUGAUCAGGUCAGCAAAGACAAAGAGAAGGAGAAUGGCAAAUGUGAGGUGGCAAAAAAUUCUGAUAGCAUUCCUAUGGAGAUAAAGAGUAUGAAAGCCAUAGACUUAUAUAUGGAACUCAACUGUGAACAAGAGGAUCAGAACAUACAAAAUCAAGAAAAGGCUCAAGAGGAGGAAGACCAACAUGGAAAGGAAGAAUCUAUGGAGUUUAGGACUCAAAGCAAUAACAGUGUCCAAAAUCAAAAUAGUGAUGAAAACACUAGUAGGAGAAACAGAAGCAGAAGUAGACACAGAGAUAAGAAAAAGAAUCAGAAAGAAGGAAAAGAGGAACAUGAAGAGGAAAAGAAAGAAGUAGAGGAAAGUAAAGAGACAAAUACUGGAGGAAGAAACAAAAACAAGAAAGGAGACAAACAAGACAACGACAAAGCUAGUGCCACUAUUAAAAGGAGGAACAACAGACAACAAUCACCAUCCCUUAGUUUCCAAUGA